CGAGAAAGCGAGAGCGUUCCUGUUCGGUGAAACUAUGUGAAUCAAACAAAAAAACGAUCACACGUUCCAGCUUCGGGGCCAAUAGGAACAGAUCGCCAUCUAGGCUAACACGAGAGCAAACAGUAUUACGACGAGACGAGACGAGGACGCGCGCGCGCAGGCAGUCAGCCAAAAACCAGCCAGCACUCCAAAAAUACGACCGAAAAUCCGAAAAUGUCACGUGCCAAGUCGCGCAUACAGACGGACGUGUGCGGAGACUGUGGCAGCACGGAUCCUUCCUGGGCGUCCAUCAAUCGGGGCAUUCUGCUGUGCGCCGACUGCUGCUCCGUUCACCGCAGCCUCGGGCGGCACAUUUCGCAGGUGAAAUCCCUUCGCCAGGGCAGCUGGCAGGCGUCGGUGCUGAGCUUCGUCAACCAGCUGAACGCCCACGGAGCGAACAGUGUGUGGGAGCAUCUGUUGCUCGAUUCGGUCGCGCCGAAGAAUCUGAAACGCAGCAAACCGACGCCCAAGGAUGCGGUGCACCCGACGAAGACGGACUUUAUCCGCGCCAAGCACGUCCAGCUGGCGUACGUGCUGAAACCGAGCUUUCAGGUGGACGAAGGCAGCAGCAGCCUGGAGCAGGAACUGAGCAAACAACUGCACGCCAGUGUCCGGGCGAGCAAUCUCGAAACAUCACUCCGGCUGCUGGUGCAGGGUGCCGAUCCGAACUUCUAUCACGACGAGAAAGGCUCGACACCGUUACACGUGGCGGUGAAAUCGGGCCAGCUGUCCCAGAUCGAGCUGCUGCUCGUGUACGGGGCCGACGUGAACGCUCUGGACGCACAGAACCGGACACCGCUCGAGCUGGCCCGACAUGCGAAGCAAUCGAUCAUCGCCGACCGUCUGCUGGAGGCUGUGUACGAGGUGACGGAUCGGUUGACCCUGUACUUGACCGGCAAGAAACCGAACCACGCGGCCGGUCAACAUCUGCUGCUGCCGGACCAGUCGAAGAAGGAAAUGAGCGAACAGCUUAAGAUUGCCCGCGGCAAGCUGCAGCUAGUGCCGAACCGAAUGUUCGAGGAACUCGUUAUGGAUCUGUACGAUGAGGUGGACCGCCGGGAAACGGAAGCGAUCUGGGCGACCAGUGCCCUCAACCCGGAGUCCGGUGCCGUACCGUUUCUUCCGACGAACCCACAUCUCAGUGCCACCCGGAAUCAGGGACGACAAAAGUUGGCUCGCUUCAGUCAGCCCGAGUUUGCGGGCCUGCUGAUGGACGUCCUUCUUGAUGCGCACCGCCGGCAGAAUAUGGCCAACCUGCGGCCCAUCGAUGGUCUGCUCCGGACCGAAGGGGGUGCCGCCGCCUCCCGGGAAUCGAACCUCUCCGACGAUGAACCACUCUACGAUGCGGUCGCCUCGGACGAUGACUACGCGGCGCUCGCUCCGGUGGCGCAACAGGCGCUGGUCAAUAAAUCGUCCCCGGCGGCCGUCUCCAACGUGGAGGUGGAAACGUUGCGCCAGCGAAUACAGGACCAGGAGCUGACCAUCCACGAACUGCGCACCAUGAUCCAGCGGCUGGCGUCGGAGAACAAUCAACUAAAGUGCCACAUCGACUCGAAGGAACACGAAGUGCAACUCCGUAUCGAUACGUAUCUGAACGGAUCCGGAGCCAGUGACCCAGUCCAGCCUGAGACGAGUGGUGGGACAGACCCAGGGCAACCACCACCCAAUACGACGGUGGCCACAGCCGCCGCCGGGUACACGAAGCGACCGGUGAGCAUGUACGAAGCGCGCCAGGCACCACGGGACGAAAGUCGACCACCGAUCACGCAAAGCCUCUACUCGAUGGCCCCGGUGCCCGGGAGUCCCGCCGAGUGUGGUAUGGCCACCGGCAAACCGCUGCCGUCGUUCGACGAAGUGCAACGCCGGACCGAUCUGGUGGUUCGGCGUAUCAAGGAACUGUUUGCGGCCAUGAAGGACCGAACGCAACGGGAAGCGUUCGUUCCGUGUGCCGAACGGAUACAGUUGGCGGUCGUCGACCUGAUGAGCCUCUUCCCGGGCACCCUGAUCGCCAGCGAAUCGUUGCGUGGUGCUCUGCAGCAGCUAAACUUUAACGCGAAUCUGAUACAGGCCGAGUGCGCCCGGUUGCAGCAGUGUUUGGCCGUCGACAUGGUGGGUGCCCCGAUGAACGGUGGCGCCGCCGCCGGGAAGGGAAUGCUUGAGGGGAUCGAGCAAAACAUGGAACAGGUCCGAGGGUGCGCCUAUGAGCUCGCAAUGUCCACGAAAAUUCUCAUCACCCACCUGCAGCAGUCCUCGUAGAACCGGGAACCAAGCCGGAAGUACCGUGGGCAGCUAGAGAGGAACGGAAUCACCGCAUUUCCGUACAGUAUUUUCCGGACAAUCCCUUCCUAACGGAGACCUCGCGCUGCGCUGACCUCGGUUCCGAUGCAAUUAUUACAUUAAGUUGUCACUAGAACUGGAAGUCCUUCUUCCCGUUUCGCAAUACUUGACCGAAACACGUUGUACUAAUGUUUAACACCCCGAGUUCCCCGAAUCGAAAGUGCCAAACGGAACGGUUUUACUUGCAAGCAGAUUUUUAGAAACCUUUACACUAACCGGGACCGACUAAAUAUAUUGCAAUCGAGAUUCAUUUUAGAAGCGGAGCUCGACAGAAUUCAGAUAUUCAUCUUGCCAUUGCGGGAAGCCUUCUUUACGAGCGCUCGAAAGGCACACACACCUAACGCGACUAUUGACCACCUAUAUUUAGCUCCUACAGAUUGUUAUAAACUUGUUACAACCUAAACCGAGCAAACUAAAUCCCAGAACCAGCAUUAACCGCCAGUGCGUCAGACUAUCAUAGGGCAACACG